AUGACACAUUGGGAUGGACUGUUGUCCACGGUGGACCAGCGCCCACCGCGUAUAGUCGUGUUGGGAGCCACGAACAGAAUCCAGGACAUCGAUGAAGCGAUCCUCCGACGACUCCCGAAGAGAUUUGCAGUCUCUUUACCAAAUGCUGAGCAAAGGAAACGCAUACUAAAAAUUAUUCUCAAGGACACAAAGCUUGACGUGCCGGAGGGCUUUAGCCUUGAUGAUUUAGUGAAGCGGACUGCUGGGAUGAGUGGGAGCGAUAUGAAAGAAGCCUGUAGGGAUGCCGCAAUGAUUCCCAUAAGAGAAUAUAUCAAAGAAAAGAAAGCCAGUGGUGAAGAAAACUUGUUGUGUGUAAAGCCGGAGGAGGUUAGGGGGGUUAGAAAUGAAGACUUUUUCCGGCGCAGACAAGGGAGUUCAUAUUCGAGUACACAAGAUAGAUUAAUUGAGAGUUGA